UGAGACUGAUAGGAGUACUUCUCUCAUUAUGCAUAUUUUCAUCCUUAUUUUUUUACAAACCAUGGAUCCAAUUGACAUGACUUCAAAUGUAAAAGGAAAUGCAUCUUGUGAGCUGCAGAAACCUGAAAUGGAGAUUAUGCCCAAUGUUAUUGAAAUGAUGAGCCGUGAACACACAAUCAGCUGCUCAGCUCCCCAGUGUGUCUCUGGUGUUAGGUGCCGCUUCUUCAGGGAAGCUGAAUCAGAGCCGUUCAGAUCAGUGAGCUCAGACAGCAACCAGUGUGACUUCACUGCAAGUGGAGGAGAGCUGCUGGGAGAUAUGGAUCCAAAAAGUCUAGGUUAUCUGCAUUUCAGUUGUGAUUCUAAAAAUAUUAUCAACAGUGAAACCUCUGGGAGAAGUGACAGCUUUGAAGUAAUAGUAAAGGAGCUUGUUAAAGCUGAAAUAAAAAUAGCAACUACAGAAGAUCAGAAGAAUCAGUCUAUCAUGAUUAGAUGUGAAGGGGACCGACCAGUUAAAGGUCUCUGCCUUUUUUAUAAGAAUGAAGAUCUUCUCCAAUCAGAGACAUACUUCACAGAUGCAAAAGCCUGUGUGAUACUGGUUUUAAAGUAUCAACUAUUGGAUCCAAAAUCAGUAAAGAGGGUCACUCAAGUGAAUGUGAGCUGUGAAAUUGAAGUCAUAAGAGAAAAUGACAAAUGGAUAUCACGCCGCAGUAGGAAUGUGACAGUGGACAUAUAUGGUAAUCUAGGUAAACCAGCAUUGAGUGCAACAUCUAACAUAACUGGAAGAGGUGCAGCAGUGACUUUGAUAUGUGAAUUGCCUCAGACAUUUUCAGAAGCUCACUGCUAUUUUUACAGAGAUGACGAUUCACAGCCGUUCAAGUCAAAUAGCUCAGAAGAUAAAAAGUGUGAGCUGUCUGUGAAUAGCCAUGAACUGUUAGAAAAUCGAUCUACAGAGACAGAAACCGAGGUUCAACUGAGGUGUGACUACACUCUGAAUAUGAGCCCAGAGAUCCACUCACAGUACAGCAGUUACUUCAGCAUUAGAGUACUGGCCAUGGAUCCAAUUGACAUGACUUCAAAUGUAAAAGGAAAUGCAUCUUGUGAGCUGCAGAAACCUGAAAUGGAGAUUAUGCCCAAUGUUAUUGAAAUGAUGAGCCGUGAACACACAAUCAGCUGCUCAGCUCCCCAGUGUGUCUCUGGUGUUAGGUGCCGCUUCUUCAGGGGAGCUGAAUCAGAGCCGUUCAGAUCAGUGAGCUCAGACAGCAACCAGUGUGACUUCACUGCAAGUGGAGGAGAGCUGCUGGGAGAUAUGGAUCCAAAAAGUCUAGGCUAUCUGCAUUUCAGUUGUGAUUCUAAAAAUAUUAUCAACAAUGAAACCUCUGGGAGAAGUGACAACUUUGAAGUAAUAGUAAAGGAGCUUGUUAAAGCUGAAAUAAAAAUAGCAACUACAGAAGAUCAGAAGAAUCAGUCUAUCAUGAUUAGAUGUGAAGGGGACCGACCAGUUAAAGGUCUCUGCCUUUUUUAUAAGAAUGAAGAUCUUCUCCAAUCAGAGACAUACUUCACAGAUGCAAAAGCCUGUGUGAUACUGGUUUUAAAGUAUCAACUAUUGGAUCCAAAAUCAGUAAAGAGGGUCACUCAAGUGAAUGUGAGCUGUGAAAUUGAAGUCAUAAGAGAAAAUGACAAAUGGAUAUCACGCCGCAGUAGGAAUGUGACAGUGGACAUAUAUGGUAAUCUAGGUAAACCAGCAUUGAGUGCAACAUCUAACAUAACUGGAAGAGGUGCAGCAGUGACUUUGAUAUGUGAAUUGCCUCAGACAUUUUCAGAAGCUCACUGCUAUUUCUACAGAGAUGACGAUUCACAGCCAUUCAAGACAAAUAGCUCAGAAGAUAAAAAGUGUGAGCUGUCUGUGAAUAGCCAUGAACUGUUAGAAAAUCGAUCUACAGAGACGGAAACCGAGGUUCAACUGAGGUGUGACUACACUCUGAAUAUGAGCCCAGAGAUCCAUUCACAGUACAGCAGUUACUUCAGCAUUAGAGUACUGGGAAAAACUGCUUGUGAGCUGCAGAAAGCUCAAAUGGUGAUUAUGCCCAAUGUCAUUGACAUGAUGAGUCGUGAGCACACAAUCAGCUGCUCAGCUCCCCAGUGUCUCUCUGGUGUGAGGUGCCGCGUCUACAGGGGAGCUGAAUCAGAGCCGUUCAGAUCAGGGAGCUCAGACAGCAACAGAUGUGACUUCACUGCAAGAGGAGAAGAGCUGCUGGGAGAUGUGGAUCUAAAGAGUGAAGGCUAUCUGCAUUUCAGUUGUGAUUCUGAAAAUAUUAUCAGCAGUGAAACCUCAGGGAGAAGUGACAACCUGAAAAUAAUAGUGAAGGAGCAUGUGAAAGCUGAAAUCAACAUAGUGACCACAGAGGAUCAGAAGAAUCAUUUUGUUACAAUUAAAUGUGUAGGAGACCAGCCAGGAAAAGGACUUUGUCAUUUUUAUAAGAAUGACACUCUUUUCAGAUCAGAGGCAUACCACACAGAUCUAAGAGCCUGUGUGAUUAUGGUGUUUAAGUAUCUGCUUUUGGAUCAAAGAUCAGUAAGGAAUGUAACUCAAGUAAACGUAAGCUGUGAAAUUGAAGUCAUAAGAAAAAAUGACAAGUGGAAAUCACGCCGUAGUAGGAAAGUGACAAUGAAAGUAAAUGGUAAUCUAGGCAAACCAGCAUUGAGUGCAACGUCUAACAUAACUGGAAAAGAGGCAGCAUUAACACUGACAUGUGAAGUGCCUCAAACAUUCCCUGAAGCUCACUGCCAUUUCUACAGAGAUGAUGAUUCAUAUCCAUUCAAGUCAAAGAGUUCAGAAGAUAACAAGUGUGAGCUGUCUGUGGAUAGACGUGAACUGCUAGGAGGUCGAGCUACAGGGAUGGAGACUGAGGUUCAACUGAGGUGUGACUACACUCUGAAUAUGAGCCCAGAGAUUCAUUCACAGUACAGCAAGUACAGGAGUGUAAGAGUGCUGGAUGUUCCAAAACCACAGAUUUUUUUCAACGAAGGAAAUACAACUUCAGUUCUCUGUUUAGCCUCUCCAAAUGUCACUGAAGUGCUUUUCAACUUGCAUCAGGAGGGGAGAGAAGAAAGGCUUCAGAGUAAAAAAGCUGGAAAGAAUCAGAACUUUGUUACCUUUGAAACUGAAAGGCAUGAUGGCAAGAAGUCCCAUGGAUACUGGUGUCAGUAUGAGUAUAAGGGAAUAAAAUCACCCAGAAGUGAUCUGAUCCUCACAGUUGGAGAAGAGUGUAUUGAUGCUCUCCUUAUCAGAGGAACCUUAGCAGGGUUAUUUUUCAUUAUAGUUGCUUCCCUUCAUCUAUAUGCCUAUAUGAAGUGCAGAAAAAAUAUCAGGCUUUGAAAAAGGUCACAGUGUACCAGAGACUGUGAUGGGAACAUCAGGCAAUGGCAGAAUCCAGCCAUGUACUGUGGAGCAGAAAUCUUAGGUUUUGGGACAAAAAAAAGAGCUUAUCUAUACAUGUAAAAAGAACUAUAGAUUUCGGAAAGCAAUGUGAUAUAUAAUUUGAAAUGUGCAAGUUGAUUUCAUUACCUAUGUUAAUAAAUGGCAUGUGACAUUUAAAUUGUAUCUAAAGUAAUGGAAAAUGUUCAAACAAAUUAUAAGAAUGUCUGGCAUGUGGGUUGUUUUAAAUAGGCACUGAUUGGGCUUUGUGAGCUUAAAUCAAAAAACAGAAAUAUGAGUUUAAAAUAUAAAAAUAUGACUUCAGCAACUGUCUUCAGCCAACAACAGUCAUAAUUUGUGCUGCGUGAUAAAACUCUAUUACAUUUUAUAUUUAUCUGUAGUUCAAUGAAACACAACAUUUAGAACACAACAAAAAAGAAUAAUUAAGUCACUAGUCUGUUGAGCUGCCACACAAUGUAUCCCAUAUUUAUAAACAUUUUUGUGGUAUCGUUUAAGUUAACAGCCACUGGGAACUGCAACAUAAGCCUGCCUUGUAAAAUCCAAUUGUUUAACACAGGAAGCAUCUUUUAGGAUAAAUAUCUUUGCACUUUUUAAAAUUAUUACAUGAUAUGAGUGAUAAAGACAAAUAUUAAUACAUAUCCAUCCAUCCAUUUUCCAACCCGUGGAAUCCGAACACAGGGGUCUGCUGGAGCCAAUCCCAGCCAACACAGGGCACAAGGCAGGAUCCAAUCCCGGGCGGGCGCCAACCAACCGCAGGAUACGCACACCCACAGCACACACUAGAGACAAUUUAGAAUCACCAAUCCACCUAA